UUGGCCAUGAGACCCCUGUUGCUGGUAGUGUUUGCCGCUGUUCUGGUGGUCGUCUUCGCAGAUAAUAAGAAGGAGACGGACGACACCGGGGACAACAGCAUCAACAGUGUCGACGACGGUGAUGAUGGUUGGAACGCGGUGGACGAAGACGACGGAAAAGAUAAGAAAGAUAAAAAGGAUGAGAUAAAAAAGAAACGACCCAAUGUACGGGAUCGCAGUGAUGUCAACCCUGACACUACUGAUGAUGACAAGGACGAUGAUGGCGACUCCAAUGAUGCUGGGCGUGAUGACGAACAAAAUACCAAAACGGAUUUGAAGCACACAUCAGAUUUGGAGGUGAAACACCCGAAUGACCUAUAACACGAUGUUGGUCCUGUGUUUCACUGAGGCGCCCAAUGACAUCGACACUGACAAAGAAAAUGAUUCUACGAUCCACAAAAUCCCAAUUAAAUGUAUAAUGUUAUAAACCAUUGAAACAAAUACAACGGAUCUCAAAACCAAAUCUAUUGUGAUUUGUAUUUUAUGAACAAUUAAAUG